GUCUUUCUUUUGCCGUGCGCAUGCAGCGCAAUAAGGUUUCCAAACGGGAAAAACUCGACUCAAGUCAAAGUGCAAACUUCGACGAGUCUCUAUAGUCUGAAAGAGAAAGUUUAAUCUGAAGAAAAUCAAAGUUUUUAUAAAACCUUUGUCUUUCUCUUCAAAUACACUCACUCCUGCUGCUUGACAUUCGCGAACUACCCAACAUAGCUUAAACUUAUCAUUUGUGCUCUUUCAACAACUACAUCUCAUCUGUGCAUACUCUCCUUAAUUUUUAUUUUUAUUUAUUUACCUACUUUAAUCAUUUUUCUUGUUUUUAAGUUGGUCUUUUCUUUCUCUUCCCUGUCUACUUCUUUCUGUUGCUACUCCAACAUCGGCCCAUUUGUAUAUGUCAUUCACGAUAUUUGUUCCCAGUGUACAACAUGGAUCAUAAAGAUUUCUUACAGUGAUCGCGUUCGGAUCGCGAAGUCGUACCGCGAUCGCUACUGUUGCGGCGAGUUCGCGACCAAGUCUUAUUUUACAAAAAAAUUCGUAAUUCGCGAUAGCAUUUUUUACUGAUAUGAUAUUCGACAGAAAACGCGAAUAAAUAGUAACUAUAGCAAAAUACUUGAGAAUCAUUGAUUUUUGUAUGAGCGCCAAAAAAUAGCGAUCACUAAAAACCGCCCAUGUCGACUGUCGCGAUAAAAAGUCGCGACACGAUCGCUUAUACACUCUCACUCUUUCGCCUUUCAAACUUCGUAGUGCAGUAGAUUUUCCUAAUAGAUUUUGUUUGUUUUUCUCUUUCUCUUCAUUUGUGUCGGGAGUGAUUGUGAACAAAAUUUUUUACUAAUCUGUUAUGUUGUCACUACCUUCCUUAAACUUGUUGAUUAGUUAAUUAUGUAUGUUACUGAACUCAUAUCUAGAUGUCUCUAUGCUGCAGUGAGCUUUAAUUGGUUAAAGUUUUGGAUUUGGUUAAUUCUGGAUCAGUGUUACGUCUAGUUGUCAUAUAAACAGGAAUUGAAUGAGAUUGGGCCAUAGGACCGCAAUAAGUCCUUGGAAUUCUAUUCACCGUACACAGGAAUAAUAAUCUUAAAAAAUUAGCAAUUGUACCAACACAAUUGAAAACAUUUGAAAUUUAUAUUUAGGUACUAAAAAUAUCAAUCAGAAUUUAGGAGCGAAGUUACGAUUGAGGUGUUUUCCUUUGCUUUUUUACUGCUGAUACAUCCUGGCCUUAUCAGCCUCUCUUGGUUUUAACCGUUAUGAUUACUUUUCAGACGGUAAUAUUUGCAGAAUAAAAAAAUAUCAGUAAGACGUAUAGGAGUAGUAUUGCACUACUCAUACAGUAUAGGAGUAGUAUUGCACUAUUCAUACAGUAUAGGAGUAGUAUGACUCCUAUCCUGAUCGAAAAGACUCGGAAGCCAUAAAUGUGUAGUGAAGGAUUGAGAUUGUUAUGUCUGAGUAUUGUAGAAUCGCUUCAUUUUUUAACGGUGUGUGGAUAAGUUUUGCAACCAAUGUCGGACACUUUUUCUAUCUGUUCCCAAUAUUCUGAAGACAUAAACUGUUUUUGUUUGAAAGAGCAAAAUUUGAACUACAUAACGUGACUCUAACAAAUUUUUCUUUCAUGAAACUUCGAUGAGAAAGAAUUCAAACACUAAACAUCACUAAAAGGGUUCUAGUAACAUGUAAAAUUUUGGUUUUCUAUCUUUUCCAAAAAGGUUUCUUUUUCGUCUAAGAAUAAUUUCAAAGAAUAAAUAAUUAUGACAUUCAUGAGUGUUUGAAACGAAGUGUUUGAAAAUUUGGGCGAACAGUGGUAUAGAAGUAAUAGAUGAUAAUGACAGGACCCCCUGAGAUGCAAUAAUGCAAUAAACUAACAAGUCAUAUAAAAUUUGUUUGAUUCACGUUGUGUAUUUCAGACUUUGCUCUUUCAAAAAAAAGGCCGGUCUCCAGAAUAUUGAGAACAUGGAGAAAUAGCGCUCGACAUUUGUUGGAAAACUUGCACACACUAUUAGCCCUUAUUGAAUAAACCCUGCAUUAAACAUUAAAGAAUGCAAAAGAUUUCUUAAAAUGAUGGUUUUCGUAGUCUCUGUUAUUAGUGAAACUUAGCGUUUGAAGAUUUUAACAACUGAGAACUGUAUUGUUGCUAAAACUUUUCUCUUUUCAGAUUAUAUUAAAACUGUUUGGCAUGGAUGACGAUUUCAAUAAAUUGGCAACGAUGUCAGAGUCGGAAUUUCUCGAUUUUGUUGAAAAAUUCUACGAAAAAAAUUGCAAUAGUUUUACAUUUCCUGGAUUAGAUUUAGAUAAGAAACAAAAAUUAGUUACAGAAAUAUUUACACGUAUACGUCCAGGAAGCUUCAAUUCAAAUUCAAUCAAUAUUUGUUUAAAAACAUUAAAAUUACUAACGCGUGAACGUGAAGGACUAGAUGCAAUUACUGGAUCAUCUGUAUUAGAACCAUUGCAAAAGCUUGCUGGUUUAGAGUGUAGUAAAGUGGAUGUUGGCCCUAUUGGUCUAGAAAAUGUAAUUGAAGCAGAAAAAUGUAUGUCAAAUUUAAUUUAUAUGAGUCCAUGUGUUCAAAAAUUUUACAGUGUAAGUGGUGUAGCCGAUGCGAUCACUCAGCGAAUUAAAGAAACAAUUAAAUUACACAGUGACAUUCAAUUUUAUGAUAUGAGGAUAUUAUUUUUAUUGACUGCGUUAAAUCCUGAUAUUAGGCAACGUGUGCGUGAAAAAUUUCAUGGAUUAUCCUAUUUGUUUGAAAUAAUUAAUCAGAUUAUGCGCAAUAGAGAAACAAUUGCAUCGGCUGAUGCAAAUAUUACUCUGUCCAAUGCAGACAUUGAUUAUUUGAUUGAAAUAUUAAAAACGCUAUUUAAUUUGACUGUUGAUUUACCUAAUAUUACACAUUCAUAUGCGUUGCAAGAAGAAGAAGAAGAAGCACAUUUGAUGCGUUUAGUUAGUAUUUUACGUGAAUUAUUAUUAUGUAUGGGUCCAAAUAGUGAAAAACAAUUCGAAUUACAAAACCACAUAAUUAAUUUGUUAACAAAUAUGCCUAAAACAUGUUUUGAGGAAUUAUUAACACCUGUCAAUAAUGACGAAAAUGAAGAUUCUGAUUAUGAAUAUGAAGGUAAAAAUAUGGAAGCCAUUAAUAUUGUUUUACAAUUUCUUGAUUAUCGCAUAACAAAAUAUGAGGAAUCAAAUGGUACUCAAGAUGCAUUAUUGCCUGUAUUACAACUAUUGAUUAUUAUGUGUCAAUCAAAUAGAAAUAUACGUAAAUUUUGUCGCCGACAUAUAUUACCACCAUUGCGUGAAGAAAUAAUGUAUUUACCAACAGAAGGUCAAAAAUUAAGAAAUAAAUUAACACGAAUGAUGACUAAUCCAAAUUCUGAAUUAAAAACAUUUUCGGCUAAAUUAUUAUUUGUUUUAUGUAAAGAAAAUGUCGAUCGUUUAAUCAAAUAUACUGGUUAUGGGAAUGCAGCUGGUUGGUUGUAUGAUUUUGGUUUAGUAGGACCUUCGCAUAAUACAAAUAAAGAUCUAUAUUCAAGUGAAUCAGAAGAUUCAGAUACGGAGAUUUAUAAACGACUCAGAGAUCAAAUUAAUCCAGUCACUGGUAAGCAUGAUUCAGUCAAACGAGACGACCCAAUGGCAGGUUGGUCGGACGCAAGUAAAGAGGCUGAAGCCCAGCGCUUGGCUGAGAUUAUGCAACGUGUAAUGGAUUUAGGCGUAAUACAACCAGCAACAAUUGGUCCAGAUGGUAAACCAGUGGUUAUUGAUAAUAUGCAACAAUUUCGUGAACUAGUUGAAUCAAGCAAAAAGACAGAAUUACCACCGUCUGAAUCGAGUGAUGAUGAACUGAGUGAAAAUGAAAAAGCGUCAACAACAACAAAAUAG